AUGGCAGCAGCAGAGCUAGACUUCAUCUUCGACGCGUCCCUGAUCUCGCCGGAAAUCAAGGUGGACUACCCCGCAGGGUACACCAUCCGGCCCCUCGCUCGCGACGACUACAAGCGGGGUUUCUUCCAAUGUCUCCAAGCUCUCACGUUCACCGGCGAUAUAUCUGAAGCUCAGUAUCUCGAUCGGUUUGACUGGCACAAACACCAUGGGCAAGGAUGGUACUACUGCGUUGUCAUUGUGGAAGAUGCAACGGAUCGCAUCGUCGGUACAGGAACUGUAGUUGUGGAGAGAAAAUUUAUUCACAAUCUCGGAAUCAGUGGCCACAUUGAAGAUAUCUCCAUCGCAAAAGACCACCAGCGAAAACAUUUUGGCCAAAAGCUGAUCGAGACAUUAGAUAGUAUCGCCGUCAAAGUUGGCUGCUACCAGAGCAUUCUUAAUUGCUCCCUAGCAAAUGCAGGUUUCUAUGCUAAAUGUGGUUACGAGAAACAGUCCAUCGAAAUGUCUCAUCUCUAUAAAGAGACCAGGGACGCAUUUGAAGAGGCCAAGAGCGCAUAUGAGAGUAGCAAGAAUGCUACGGAUUGA